AUGAAUAGUAAACCUAAUCAAGUCAGUACGGUCCUGCUUUACGGCGUGCCCAUAGUCUCCUUAGUGAUCGAAGGCAUAGAACGACUUUGCCUAGCCCAGAUCUCGAAUACCCUGCUCAAACAAUUCUCGUACAACGAGAUCCACAAUCGGAGGGUCGCACUGGGCAUCACCUGUGUCCAAUGCACUCCAGUGCAACUAGAGAUAUUACGAAGAGCUGGAGCGAUGCCGGUCUCAUCUCGGCGUUGUGGAAUGAUAACCCGCCGGGAAGCAGAGAGACUGUGCAAGUCGUUUUUAGGAGACAACGCUCCCCCGCGACUCCCUGAUGACUUCGCUUUCGCUGUCCACCACGAGUGCGCUUGGGGCUGCCGCGGUGCAUUUUUGCCGGCAAGGUACAACUCGUCACGCGCUAAAUGCAUCAAAUGCGCAUACUGCGGUCUCUUCUUUUCACCGAACAAGUUUAUUUUCCACUCGCAUCGAGUCGGUCCCGGAGAUAAGUACGUGCAACCCGACGCUGCGAACUUUAAUUCGUGGAGGCGGCAUAUGAAGCUCAGCGGAAGCCCACCAGACGAAGUGGUACACGCUUGGGAAGAUGUCAAAGCUAUGUUUAAUGGGGGCACCAGGAAGAGAAUGCUGUCUGCAGCUAGGAGAGUGUUCGUUCGCAGGCCGGAAUCUGAUAGCAGCAACGAAGCCAAAAGGCCGACAGUCAGUCCACCAAGCGCUCAUGCUCCGGUGCCUAGACUAGCUGACUACGUCUGGGGAGCCAGACUGCCCCUCCCUUACGCCAUACCUUGGCUGAAACCCACACUGUGGUCGCCAGGAGCUCUGACGGCUUUAAGCAGCGUUGGUCCCAUGGAGGAGCCACGGGCGUUUCGACCAGUGCGUCGACUUGAAUCACCACAGCUGUCCCCCGCUAGAUCACCCGUUAGGUCUCCAAAUAGGUCGCCGGUGCACACAUCGCCGAGCCGCAGUCGAUCGCCGGUCCGGACUCCGCUGCGUUCUCCGGAGUCCCCGAAGAGCGACCGAGACAGUGACGAAAGCGUCGACAUCGAAACCACUGAAGAUGACCAGCAGAGGAACGUGCAAUGCGCGUGGCCAUGUCGCAGUGCUCCUACUCCGCGUCCAGAAGAGUCCUGGCCAACGCUGGUGCCGAAGAUCGAGAGAGAUGAAGAGCCAAGGGAGCCGUGGAGACUGCCCGACUUGCGACCAUCACUUCACUACAUGCACGACCGUGAAGUUGACAGUUGCGUGGCGUGUGUAGCACCAUUACCUCUCCUUCCGCCACCGGCACCAGCGCAGCAUUAG